AUGGAGCCGGCUCUGCGUCGAGCGGCUCACAGCCUGUGUGGGCGAUGCUCGGCGUCUUUACGGAGGCAAACAACCGUGCGAGGCGCAUUGAAGCCGUGGGCGCAAGUUUCAAUCCGGAGCGUGCAUUCGUGCAAGCCGCAAGAUGCCAAACGUACGAUUGCGGGAUCCAAGUUGACAACUGCGCGAGAGUUUACAUCCAGCGCGAACGCUGCUUCUGAGGCCUCUGCUGCUGGGAAGGCUCCGGUAUCUUCACUUCGAUUGAAUCCCGACGACCUUUUCCAUCCGUUUUCUGAAUCGCCAGUUCCCGAAUUCCGUCGCCGGGCUGCCUUUAUGAAACAGCAUGCAUACUGUCCUCACCCAGAUCACAAGCAUGCCAGGGUUCCCCUCGACGCUUCGGCGGUUGACGAUGCUGCUCCAGCCACUGGUGGUGAUAUGCCGCCUGCGAAUGUGGAUUUCGAGUGCCCCGAUUGCGGCAUUGCGGUGUACUGCAGCAAAGAGCACUGGAUGGAUGAUUAUGAGAAUCACCUAAAGGUCUGCGAUACUCUCCGUCAAAUCAAUGAAGACGAUCACGAUCUGCGAUCCGGAAGAGUGUUCCACGAAGGCAAUCUCCCCGACCUUCAAAUGGAGAAUGCUGCAGUCAACAUGACAAAUUGGGACACUUUUAUGUACACUCGAGAGUUUGAGGCGGUUGACUCGGAUCGCUCAAUGAGACAAAUCACUCGACUCCUUACAUAUCCGAUUACCAUUGGCAGUGUUCUUCAUGAAUUAAGCCCCUACAAUAUCCAAAAAGGAGGACGUUUAACGGUGGAGGGGUUGAAGAGCUUCAGUGCUUUGAGAUAUAACCUGCAUAUACCAAGGUCUGGCCGUGGCGCUGGCAUCAACCAGCUUCGCCCAGAGCCCCCGCCAGUGAGAAUAUUUAUUCUCGGCGCUCGAGCCGAAUCAUCGCUGCCACGACCUGUAUGGGUGCAGCUGGCCCAUCUAUUCCCGGAAUCGCGACUACACCUUAUCUUUAUCGGCCCAGAGAGCAUGGCCAACCGUGACGACGAGUUCCCCCUGCCAGAGCGCACGCCGUCGAACCCAUUUGGCACCGUAGUUGAAGACCGAGUGUGGUACAACAUGAAGAUUAGCACCAUCGUGGACUAUUACCACACCAUUCACAAGACGGGUCACUUUGCGCCUUACGACCCUUACUUUGAUUGCUUCAUGCUCUUCCACCCAGGUCUUGGCCACCCUGCAAGCAGCCACGACUGGGAAGAAACUCUGCCCUUGCUGCUGGAGACCAAGGUGCCAAUUAUCAGCACUGGAUAUACCCAGGUCGACUUGGAUCGUGACGUUGAAUGGGUAAAGAAGAAAUCAGGAGGGGAGUUUGACGUGCUGCUGGAGCCUGGAGAGAACACAUUCCGGAGUCUGCGAUGGGACCUUGAUGACAUGGACCCUCAGGACAUCAGCUGUGGCAACUGGGGUGUUUGGGCGUUCCGAGGAAAGAGGUGUACCUGCGACCCAACAGGCGACCCAACUUUACCUCAACGACCAGCCUCCUCUGUCCAGCUCCGUGCAGUUCCGCACAGUUCUAUUUCUCUCCAUCAUCGCCUCUCCCGCCUCUGCGUCUCCCCGCCUCUUGCGCGCAAUGAUCCUGCGACGACGCCGCUCGACUCGCCGGCCAUGAUAGCCGCCUCCGCCUCCGCUUCAGCUCCAGCUCCAGCUCCCCCUCCUCUCGCUCCCAGAGCCUCGACGAAGCCAAAACAUGCCGCCACCUCUCCGCCCCCCGAAGCCGGCACCGCAGAUCGCCGGGGCACCCGUGCCGUGCCGAUAGAUCCGCUGUCUGAUCGGGCGACGCUGAACCUCAUCCGCCGGACGCUGUGCCCGCAGCAUCUGGGAGACAAAGGACGAGAUGCCCAGCCCGCCAUCCAGGACCUGCUGCCGCCGCUGACGAGCCGCAAUGAUGUCGACCUGCAGCUGUACGCCUUCCUCGCCAUCAUCAUGCGGGAGUUUGUGCAGAGCUGGUAUGGCAAGAUCACUGCCGACGAGACGUUUGUGCCAGAGAUUCUGCGCAUCAUUGCACACUGCACCACGGCGCUGGAGCAGAGUGCUCGCCGCGUGUCCUCUCGAUCUGCUUUGCAAUCCUCGGUUGAUGCUGAUCCCCGAGAUGUCUACCACUCCAUUUUUCCCUUGCCGUUCCUUUCCCCCGUACCUCGCUUGGAUGAUAACACAUCUGUGGAGCUACAACGCGAGAACGAGGCGGCUUAUCGUCAGUUGCUGGUCCAAGGUGUUCUGGCCAUCCUGCUCCCUACUGAAGAUUUGGAGAACCCCUGCCUAACGGCCCUUGUGGAACAAAUAUUCUCGGAGCUAAUCAUUGGCAAUGUCAUCGCCGGCAAAGCAUCCCAGCCAUGGCUGCUCUACGAGGCCAUCUGUAUCGCCACAAGGUCAUUGGGUGAACGGAAAGAGAGGACAAAAGCAAGGAUCGUGUCUGGGAAAGACCAGCCAUCGGACCUUGGUCAGGAUGCGGCCAAGUCUCAAAAGUGGACGGCCCAAGGGGUUUUCGUGUUAAUUAUUCACUUGGGAAUCCUCUUCUUCAACGCUCUUCGGCUCAUGGCCGGCACCUUGGCGGACUCCAUAUCGUUACCUCCCAGAACGGCGCUUCAUCUCGAUGAGGAAGCCGCAGAAGACACUCAAAACGACAAGCAACCACCACCAUCAACGGAUACGAACCUCGGGGUCAAAGUACCAGUACUUAGCUUCAAGCUUUGGGCUUGUCUUGGAAACCUGAUUGAGCUGGAGGAGAGGAAACCCUGGCUGGGUGGCUUCAUAUCAUUGCUACAGACUGCGGCCAUUGAUGGGCCAUGGCGUAUUGCGGGGCUUAACGGUCCUCUCGACAGACUCCUCUCGCACCAUAUUCAAUCUCUCUUCGAUUCGUCUCAUCUACCACCCAUCCUUCGGUCGCUCCGAGGCGCCCUGUUUCCCAACAACAGCCCCGGCACGUCCACUCUUGUGGCUCCCCAGUCGGAGAGGGAGCUGCUCGCUCUGCGCCGUAGGGCCGCCAGCGCUAUUUCGGACUUGCUCCCUGCAAGCGUGACCCGCGUGUACUUUGGCCGUCGGCAUUGGCGCCUGGGCGGGCUGUUUGGCCCUGGCGAUGAUGCCGGAUCGCCUUCUGCCGCGACUGACGACGAGGACGACGAGAAGAGGAUCUUGGAUGAGCUCGAGAGUCUCCUCGACGUCGUUGGGGACGAGUACUGCAACAAGCACUUGAUGUAUAGUGCCUUGGAACUGGUUCUUGUGAGGCUGAUGCCAGAGCUAAGCGACAAGGGCGUUGUGGAGCUGCGGCAAGAUAGACUUGGCUAA